AGUGCAUGUCAGGAACAGCUCGGGAGCCAGUCUCCUCCAGCAUUGGUCCUUCAGGCUGGAGGGAAUCUCUGGCCAGUGAGCCCGUGUCAGACCACAGCAGGAGGCUGAGUUCCAGGGAGCUGACUGGGGUGUGCUCACCUGCCCAACGCGCCCUCCCUCAGACACGAAUCUCUUCUGGGAGCCGAACGGGGACGGAGAGGUGGGGUGCAGUGAGACAGAGGGGCUGUGCUGAAGCAAACACUUCAGUCAGCCACCCGCUCCUCCCUCCACCUGUGCAGGCUCUGCAAAAAGAGGGGAAACAGCAUGCUACACUGGAACAAUGCUCGGGUAAGAAAUACAAAGGAAUGAUGAAGAACAAUCAGAUCUGACUAUCCUGAGCGUACAACAAAGGUUCAGCAAGGAAGGGAGCAUAUGUUGCAUUUCAGACAGCUUGCUCAUAGGAACUGCAUGUGAGAAAUACCUGACAAGCCCAAAGCCGUCUACAAGCUAGAGCUGUAUUACUAACACCUGUUUUGGAUAUCUCUGUGAUGAAAUGCUCGACAGUUUCAGUGGCAUAAAAUCAAUGGGAUAAUCACAGGUAUAAUACUGCUAUGCAGGAGAGAGAAACUCAACUCCAGAAAUAUUCCUAUUUUCUUUGAAGUCAUAGGAGACCCUUCAAUAAAGUUAGAAAUGCAGUGGCAAACAAUUAUUGGUUUCUCGAUAUCAGUUCACUGAACUGUUAUGUUAGCGUACUGCACGUCCUGCAGUAGUCAUCAGUGAGGAUUUAGCAGGAGGGAGAUUUGCCCUCCUGAAAAGGAGGUGCAUUCUUAGCUUCAGGGUGAGAGCGCCCACGCAGGGCAUGAAUCCAGAGUAGCUUCUGCACAGCUCUAUCCCUGCAUAGCCUGGCCUCCAAUCUUUUAAAUUAAGGGGCACUAAAUUUGCAGGAGAACAAUGACUAGAUUAGAAGAGCUAUUAGUCCUGUGGUUUAGUCUCAGGGCUACCUUUGCUUCAUGAUCUACACUAGCUGCUGUACAGACACAACUGGGGAGUUAUGUUCUGGAUGGGAGAUACCUAGUCCGGGAAGGACUGCUAGAGGAACACCAGCCAAAGCUCGUGCGUAGCAAAACAGUCUUCUAAGCAAAUCACACGCUCCUGACACUGAUUCUUUCAGACCAGCCUUUAUCAAAGCCAAAAGGUAUUUCCAAUUCACCCUCAUCUCUUGGCCCAAUGUACAGGAUUCAGAAGCUCAAUCUGACAUGUACGUAAAAUGCAAGACUUCAGUAUGCCAAAAGCAUUUAUAAGAAAAGCCCAAAUGCUCAUGCUUCAGAGUGUGUGUGUAUAUAGGAACGUGGGAGGUUGCCAAAAACCACCUCACCUGACAGGCAGGUUGCUCUCUACGCAUCUGUAAGGGCACCUGGGACACCUCCCUGGGAAGCACUAAGUGCCCUAUGGGACAAGGCAGUAGCUAUGCUCCAGCUCCUUCCUUGGAGAGGUUAGGACCUCACUCCUCACAAAUUCUGCUUUGCUUAAUCCUGAAUGAGUAAAAUAUAUAUAUAUAUAUAUCCUUCAUUGACGUCCUGUGCAGAAGAACAUCUUCAGGUUCUGGCUGGGGUAGCUGUGGGGCAACCCCUUCUCUUUUCGUCUAAGGAAGACUUAGACCAUGGCGUGUUAUCUGGGGGAGGAGGUGUAACAAGCAGCGGCAGCGGCAACUGGAAGGGACAGGGAGAAGGCAGCAGUGACUGCAUCCUGUCAGUAUAGGGAGGGUGGCAGAGGGAGAGGCUGAGAAUGGAGAGGGAGGAAUAAAACCCAUGGUCUUUAAAAGGAAAAACAAGAGGAAACUAGGUUUGAAAAUAGAAAGAUUAAGUUGGAGGUUGUGGGAGAGACAAGAAAAGUAGGUGAAGAAAGAAGGGGAAAGGCAGAGGGGCGGUGGGGAAGACAGAAAGUGACAUGGAAAGGGGGUGGAGAAAAAGAGGGGAAGAGAGAGAGAGGACCAUACCAAAGGAAUAAAACCAAGCAACUGAGAAGAACGAAGGAUUCAACUCAAUUACAGGAAGGAAAAGAGCUAAAGCAAGGAAAGGAGGCAGAAGAAAAGACACUGGAAAUCGGAGGCCGUCUCCAAUUCUGCCUUCAGGACUUCUACACACUCCUGGUGAGCAGAAAUGGGAGAUUGGAGUUUCCUGGGAGAGUUCCUUGAGGAGGUCCACAAGCACUCCACAGUGGUGGGGAAGGUCUGGUUGACUGUGCUGUUCAUCUUCCGGAUGCUGGUGCUUGGUACAGCAGCUGAGUCCUCUUGGGGGGAUGAGCAGUCCGAUUUCAUGUGUGACACCCAGCAGCCUGGCUGUGAAAACGUCUGCUACGACAAGGCCUUCCCCAUUUCCCACGUCCGCUUUUGGGUCCUUCAGAUCAUCUUUGUCUCCACUCCAUCCCUGGUGUAUAUGGGCCACGCAAUGCAUACGGUGCGCAUGGAGGAGAAGAGAAAGAUGAAGGAGGCAGAAAGAGAGGCCCAGGAGAUGAAAAACAGUGGUGACACGUACUAUCAGCAGAAGUGCCCCGUGGCAGAGAAGACUGAGUUGUCUUGCUGGGACGAAUCAGGAGGCAAAAUUAUACUCAGAGGCAGUCUGCUAAACACCUAUGUCUACAGUAUUUUGAUUCGCACUGCCAUGGAAAUCGCCUUCAUUGUGGGGCAAUACAUCUUGUAUGGGAUCUUCCUGGAGACCCUGUAUAUCUGCCAGCGGGCACCUUGCCCCCACCCUGUCAACUGCUACGUUUCCCGUCCCACAGAGAAGAACGUGUUCAUCAUCUUCAUGCUUGCUGUGGCUGUGCUCUCCCUGUUCCUCAGCCUGGCUGAGUUAUACCACCUGGGCUGGAAGAAAGCCAAAGAGAGGUGCUCCCGUGCUUACAAGCCCAGCCCUAGCACAGCUCCUCGAAGGCUGGAGUCCGCCCCACAGGUAGAAAGGGCCCAGAUGUACACUCCCCCACCAGAUUUUAAUCAGUGUUUGGCAAGUCCCAAUGGGAAGUUCAUCAGCCCCUUCAGCAACAAGAUGGCCUCGCAGCAGAACACAGCCAACUUUGCCACUGAGAGGGUCCACAGCCAGGAGGAUGCUGCCGGGGAAGGGCCCUUCAUGAAGUCCAGCUACAUGGAAAGCCCAGAGGUGGCCAGUGAAUGUGCGGCACCCGCCCUCCCUGAGAGCUACUUCAAUGAGAAACGCCGCUUCAGCAAGGCCAGCCGGGCCAGCAGCAAGGCGAGGUCAGACGAUUUGUCGGUGUGAUCUGUCUCCAGGAAAGAGGAGGAGUGGUCCCAGCGCUUAGUAAAACUUCUGCAAAGUGGACUGCAGACUCUUGCCACAGUCCUCUCUCCAUUUCAGCGUCCUCCUGUUCCUUUUCAGUGAACAUCACUCUUGUAAUUCAGACAGCACUUCUCACAGCUUACAGCAGGGGCAGACCCUGGACAAUACAUACCUGGAGGUUGAAAAGAGGCACCCAUCUCUAGAUGUGAAGUUCUCAGCCCGUGGGACUCAAGGGGCCUGGGGACUCACCAACCUUAGACACAGGCUGGAACACUCCUGAUGCUGCCUGGAUGCCUCAGAUGUGAGGUAGCCGUCACUGCGACUCUCUGUUCAGCAGACUGACUGGACCUCAACCCUCAUGUGUCUUCUUUGAUGUCUGUUCAACAUGUGCUAAAACAGGUGGGCAGUUAUACUGAGCUGAAGCUUCUCUCACCUGCAGGGAUCAGAAACACACUUUCAGAAAGACUUCCUCUUUUUCUGUGCUCUUUCUCUUUCUAGCCCCCUCCCCUUCUCCACUUAAGCCCAGAUAUUUUAAUCCAGUUUACUUAUACAAUAAAUCUUACUUGAAUUUUUGACACUGUGCAUAAAACUCUUCCCCGUGAACACGGAUGCCCAUGGUCCCCCAAGCACAGCUGCCUUGUGUCUAACUUUGGAAUCCCUUCCUCAUUCCUAAGUCAGCGGAGCAGCUGGCCCCAUGGCCCUGGGAUAUCGCUCAGAUGACUGGUUGAUGAAGACAGGAAAUGUUCCCAACAUACUUAUGUCAUCAAUUAUAAGCAAGACACCCGCUAACAGAAAUAGAGAUUGUCCUGUGAGAACACAUAUACAACUACUAAAAAGGGAGGAAUUAUCACAUGGAAACAAAGUGACUUUUCCCCCUUUUAAGCUCAUCUUUCAAGCAACCUGAAUGCUGCUGAAAGGGUGCUACCAGCUGCCAACUUGGGAGGGAAACAUCCUCUGUUUACAUGCAGAACAGGUACAGCCUGUGUUUACUUGCUACCACCCUACCAAAAUACUUCAGCAUCUUUUGCAAGGAGCAAGAGUCCUGCACAUCACUGUCCAGGUCCUGCACAUCACUGAGAUCCUGGCUGCUCUCUCAAGCCUGCCAGCCACUGCAAGCAGCAAUAUUUGUCCUCUCAGCAAAUCUCUGUUCUGCAAACAGGUCGUCUUCAUCUUUACUGCUAGUGUACACAGAACAAGAAACCACACGCAGACCACCUUUUUUCACCACUGUAACCUCCCAGAGCAGCUGCUGGAGCCCAGCACUGCACAGUGAACCUGGUGGGUGAGGUCUGCAGGCAGCUUUCACCCUGGACAUGUUUUCUCACUGCAGAGCUGACAUACUGAGACCAACCAAAGCCCCACUGCUGCCCGUUGUUUACCCUGCACUGCCCUUUCAGACACGGGCUACAGCUUCCCAGUGUUGGACUGUGUGAGCGAAUGGCCUGGGACCAGAUUGUCAGGGGACUGAGCCAUCCCCUCUCCCAGGAGCUGCUACAGGUUUGUGAACCUUGCUCCUGCAUAGUUAGCUUUGGUACAGUUCCUUGUAUAUGUGCAUACAUACCCACACACAGAAAGGGCAAAACCAUUUUUUUUGUUGUUGGUAUGGUGUCUUAUAAACAUGUAUUUUUUAAUCUUGAAAAGACUUGUGUGUUCUUCUUAACAUGUGAUUUUAGUCAAUUGCGCCUAGGCUUCUCCUAAUAAAGUUCUAACUCCA